AAUAACAUUGAUCAAAUUAGAUAGGUAAAAUAAGUGAUCAUUACUCUGCCUUCAGUACAAGAGCACAUCAGUGUGCUCUGCAGACAAUAACAGGGGUGAGCACAGAGAACAGAAGGUUUCUAAGCUAUAUAGUGAUUAUUAUCAACUACUCUGAGGCAUUUUAAUCUAGAGAGAAAAUGAAGAAAAUGAAUCACAGGCAGAAUAAUAAUUUCAGUUUGAAAGAGACCAUCUUGCCCUGGGAAUGUAUGGUUUGAGCGUGGCUCCUGGGUGCUGUGUGCUAAAUCACUUGUGAGGCAGAUGUAAGUGAUUGGCUGGCACAGAAAGCAGCUUCAGAAGCCACACUGUAAACAGAGCAGCGCUGCGAGGCUCUGAGGAAGGCACUGCGUGCAUUGGAACACUGGUGACAGCGGGGAGCAGGGAGAACUGAGACUACACACUGCUCCCAUCUCUGUUUCCAUCUCUGCCUGGUGUGGGCAAGGACUCCAUCAAGGCAGAGGGGAGGGCAGCUCUGCUUCGUUAUCCUCCCUGGAUACUUUGUUUGGAUGAGAGUUGAGAAGGAAUAUUUCCAUGGGUACAGGAUGAGGAGCAUGGAAAGGUGAUUUAAAGUCGACGACCUGUCUGCAGGUGCUCAGAGUUGGAGGAGGAGGAUGAAGCCAGGUGCCCUCCUGAACCGAGCCACCUAUCAAGGCUGAGAACAACCGCUGGGGACCUCUUGGAAUCGUACUCCUGGGAAGAACAGGAUUUCAGGGGUACCAUGGAUUCAGAAGCAGAACUAUAGCUGUUGCCAAGCUGCCUUAAAACUGAGAUCAGGGCACUACCAGAAAACAACCUAAGAAGGAACAAUUUGUCCUGGGAAAGCAGGUGGCCAAAAGGCCAUUCCUUCCUUGCUCCAUUACGCUCUCUGGCUGUGUUCUUGUCCAUAUGUGCAAUAGCUAAGAAAAGCUUAAGCAGAUCUGUGGCCGAAACAAAAGAAGCCACUUUGAAAAAGCUUUGGGUUUGAUCAGCAGCAUUCUUGAAGCAUGGCCGACCAGGAGACCGAGGACUUAGCAUCAGAAAGCCUCUUAGCCAAGUCUAAGAUGCAUCCCAGCCUCCCACCGUACGACAUGGAUGACCAGCUCCUUCCCAGGGAGCCACGGAGCACCUGCGGCUGCUGGGCAUGGGCUCUGCUGGUAGCCACCAUGAACCUCUUAGUCUUUUUCAUCAACUUGCUCCUGAUGCUUGUUAUCUUCACCAUCGUGUUGCUUCCCACCAUUGUGGUGGUUUACUUUGGCUUCCAAUGCCACUCUCAGGUGCUGCACUCCACCGCCCGCUACUGCAGAACCAUCCUGGAUGACAACAGCUCCUCAGCCCUCAUCAUCCUGGGCUUCGUCAUCAUGUCACCCCUCAUCGUGGUGGCCAUGGCCACCUACUGCAGCCUGGCCAGGCGCCUCCGACUCCUCAUGUGCUUCCAGCCGUGCAGCCGGGCCCUGUACAAGGGAGUGAAGUGGCGCUGGUAUGAGGAGGGUGGUCUGUGUGGCUGUGCCAGGGGCUGCAGCCCCCAUGUCAAGGCUUGGGUCUGAGCCAGAGGCCCCAUCACACCCAGUGCUCCCUUCUGCCUAUCCUGACCCUCCCCGCUGCCUCCCAGCAUCACCCUGAUGCCUCUGUGGAGCAGUGCUCAUUGUGAGCACAAGUGUUUAUGAGCCACUUCCUAUAGCUUUGUCUAUAACAUAGUAGGUUGCUACAUACCACUGGGGAGAGAUUGUCAGUGCAGCUCCUUGGUCUUAAAGUGCAGCAGAAUAGGAACUCCUCCAGGACCUGCUGUGCUCAUGGCAGCUCUAUUUCCAAUCACCGUUCUUUGGGUCUUUUCCCCCUCCAGCUGCUGAUCUGAAGCGUGCUUGUCUGGUGAUAGCUGAUGGGUAUUAACCUGCAAAUCACUCCUUGUCCUUUGCUGCGGUUUUGUUCAGCUCCAUUUCGAGGCUCUUGGCAGGACAAGCAGGAGAUCUCCAGUGGCCUCAGGGUCACUGCAGGCUCUUCCAGGGCUGGGUAAGAGAUCUCAGAGACAGUACCUUGUUCUGAGACACCUGGAUGUAGCAUGAGUGCUGGGUUCAGGUACUGCAUCAGUGGGGCUGUGUGUGGCUGACUGCUGUGAGCCCCGUGCUCCCCCGCUGCUCUUCCUGUCUGCCAACUAUUGCCAUUGCAAGUGCUGUAUGUGAAUAAAGAUCAUGCCAAAUCUC